AUCAGUCAGAUCUCACUCAGACCCACAGCACUCUCUCUCCUACUCCUCAGCCUCUUGGGCUGCACUGCUGUGGAUUAUUGCCUCUUUGGUUGAUGCUGAAGACAUCUGUGGUAGAUUAAAGGAAGAAGCUGCAAGGGGGAUUAUCUGUGCAACUUUUCAAAAACUUGACGGUCGCCUUGUGCAGGAUCGGAUCUUCAGUGUCUUCAGCUGGAGUAAUGGCACUGAGCUCGAGCAGGAGCUUCUGGUUUCCUCUGGUGGUUGGUGCUUCACUGGUUGUCAUUACUGCCGGUAACACUGGACCGAACCAGGACAGAAGGCAUGCUGGCUCAUCUUCAUGCUUCGGAGGCUUUGAUCUCUACUUUGUAUUGGACAAAUCUGGGAGUGUGCAAAAUCACUGGACCGAAAUCUACCACUUUGUUGAACAUCUGGCUCAUAAGUUCAUAAGUCCACAGCUGCGGAUGUCCUUCAUCGUGUUCUCCACUGAGGGAAGGAUUUUAAUGAGACUGACGGAGGACAGGGAGCUUAUUCGUAGAGGUCUUGAGGAGCUCCACGGGGUUCAUCCAGGAGGAGACACCUUCAUGCACGAAGGCAUUCUGAGGGCCAGUGAGCAGAUAUACUACGGCAACACUGAAGGUUAUCGUACUGCCAGUGUGAUCAUCGCGCUGACAGAUGGAGAGCUGCAUGAUGACCUUUUCUACUACGCAGAGAGAGAGGCCAACCGCUCAAGAAGUCUGGGUGCUACGGUUUACUGCGUGGGGGUGAAGGACUUCAAUGAGACACAGUUGGCAAAGAUUGCGGAUAGCAAGGACCAUGUCUUCCCUGUAAAUGAUGGAUUUGAGGCACUGCAAGGGGUCAUUGAUUCGAUCUUGAAGAAAUCCUGCAUUGAGAUCCUGGCAGCCGAGCCAUCCAGUAUCUGUGCCGGAGAGUCCUUCCAGGUGGUGGUGAGAGGAAAUGGUUUUCUCCACACUCGUAAUGUCGAUAAGGUCAUGUGCAGCUUCCGGAUCAACGAUACCCUGACUAAGAUGAUGAAGCCUUUGAUUGUUGAAGACACAUAUCUUCUCUGCCCUGCACCAGUGCUUCAAGAUGAAGGAAUGGAAGCAACCCUUUAUGUGAGCAUGAACGAAGGCCUGAGUUUCAUAUCCAGCUCAGUCACCAUUUCCACUGUGGGCUGUUCUGAUGGGACAAUCCUGGCCAUCGCUCUGCUCAUCCUGAUUCUGCUUCUGGUCUUAGCCCUCCUCUGGUGGUUCUGGCCUCUCUGCUGUACUGUGAUCAUUCAUGAACCUCCGCCGUCGCCUGUGGAGGAGACAUCGGAUGAUGAGGACUUUGAAAUGCCGAAGAAGAAAUGGCCGACUGUCGAUGCCUCGUAUUAUGGAGGCAGAGGAGUGGGCGGGAUCAAAAGAAUGGAGGUUCGAUGGGGUGAGAAAGGCUCCACUGAAGAAGGAGCAAAGCUGGAAAAAGCCAAAAAUGCCAAAGUGAAGAUGCCUGAGCAGGAGUUUGUGACGCCCCCCAUGCGGGUUCUCAACAAUGGCAUGCACAGGCCCAUGGGGCCACACAAGUGGUACUCACCCAUCAAGAGCAAGCUGGAUGCCCUGUGGGUGCUGCUAAGAAAAGGCUACGACCGUGUUUCUGUUAUGAGACCUCAUCCAGGCGACAAGGGCAGAUGUAUGAACUUUACCCGCAUUAAGUCAAAUCACCCACCUCCUGACCUGCACCUCAACCAGCACUCCUCUCCCAUCUAUAGCCCUCCCAGCAGGAGUCCACCUCCUCCCCAGUGUACACUUCCACCAACUCCCAGCAGCCCUCUGUCCUUCUCCUCCACCCUUCCACCCUUGUCCUCAACACCACCACCCUUCUCCAGUACUCCUUCCCCACCUGCCACGCCCCCACCUUACACCAUGCCUCCAAACCGGGCUCUUCCUCCAACCACACCAACCACGGUUCCAACAACUCCACCAUUCUCUGCAUUCCCUACCGGAUCCCUGCCUCCUCCCCCGCAGGCACCUCCUCCAGGACGAGCCCCACCCCCUGCCCGCCCUCCCCCGCGCCCCGGCCUGUAGAGCUCUGGCAGAGGUCGGGGGAGAGUUGCAGAGGAUUUACAAAAGACCACGCAAAGUCCCACAGCUGAGGACUAUCUUUGAUUGUACCUGUAUGUGAGGACAAGUGCGUCUUGCUCAGCGGCCUGUGGCCUUUCUGAAGUGGAGCAGUAAUGACUUGUUUUCAGCUAUUUGUCUACACUGACUUUUGUACACAUCUAGCCCAGCAGUGCAGUUGCUCUGAUGCUUGAAUUUAAAGCUAUUUCAGUGUUUGUGAGGCCAGACAGGAACAGUUGUCUCACUGUGGUUUUUAGAGCUUCUUCAGGUCCCGCUGCCCCCUCCAUGACCCCAUAGACAGGAAAUCCAGUGCAGGAUGAGAACAUGUACUGAAGCCUGUUUAACAAGGACAUCCAUCACAAAUGAUGACACAGCGAGAAUGCACGCGCUUCCUGAUAAAGAGACUCUACAAGUUAUGAUGAUGUAGAGGCAAAUGACAACCACGGUUUUACACUUUGAAAGUAUAAAUGUUGAGCAGUUGCAUGUAAUAUUCGAGUCACCAUUUUUUAUAGCUUUUUUUUUUUUCCUUUCUUUUUUUUUAUACAUUGCCAAUAUGUGUACUAUUAUUGCCUUCUGUUUCCUGAGCAGUGAACCACAUUUGAGGUUUAACCUUCAGGUUCCAAAUCCAGUCAUUCCUGACAAUCACAUGUAGACUAUGUGUUGAAACAAAACAUUGUUCACUUUUUUCUUGUACUGUUUGAGUCCGCGUGUGCUAUAAACCAGGUUAACAUACGUCACUUUGUGUAAAGAUUAAUGUACAAUGUUUUUUGUUAUUUACACAUUUGAAUAAUUGUACGUUACAAUUAUUGACAAGACCGUGAUGACUGCAAUCCCUGCAACAAUUGUGUAUGGUUUGCUUAGCAUAGCAAGAUUUGAGAAAAAAAUUGUCACAAUCCCGGAAAAAUAUUGCACAUUUUCAUGUGCAUCUGCUCAUGCUCCUUAAUAGGAGUUUGGUUUUUAUGUGAAUAUUUUUUAAAACACUAAAUCUGAUAUAACUGUGUUCAUGUACAUGUUUUGGCAAGAGAGAAACGAGUCCACUGUAUGUACUUUUGAACAUGCACCAGCUGUGGCCAAUAACAAUACAUUGAUAUUUUACAGCUAACCGGUCCAUCUUGAAUCAGUCACAUGUGCCUUAAUAUUGAAUUGUUAGCUUAUCUGUAGGUCUCUUAGACAAAAAA